AUAAUACAAAAAAAUAAUCCUGAAACUACCUGAUCAGUAUGGGAAAUUCGGCAGAGAGCUCAGGCCCGAGGAGCAUCAUGGGGGCGGCUUCAUCAUAACAGACCGACCAAUUUGUUAUCUCAAUCAAGUCGACGGCAUAAACAUGAUAUUGAUAAAGCGCGUGCGAGCUGAGCUGAGCUAGCUGCAUAUGUAUGUGUUAUAUUAUACUAAUAUAGGCCUAGGUGGAGGACGACCAUGGAUGGGGAGCAAGAUCAGGGAGGAAAACGUCGAGUGUUUGCCUGCUCAUCAUGCCAGUUUUCAAGCCCUUACGAUUAUUAUGGGAAAAGGCCUGGGUUUUUGAAAUCUAUCGUGUUGCUUGAAGAGGCAUAUGUCAUGAAAGAUCCAUUUACACCAGAAAAUAGGCAUCUAACCAUUGGUGGGCACUGCUCGGAAUGUAACAAACCUGUUUGCGUCAAUAAAGAUUGCAGUAUAUUCUACACAAGGCGAUUCUGCUUAGACUGUGUUGUGGAAAACUUUCAGGAAUUUCCCAAAGAAGUACAGCAGGAAGUAAACAAGAAUGACAAUGGUUGAAAUGGUUUAUGCUGAGAGCUAGAAGUGCAUACAAUGGUACGCUUGAAUAGCUAAAGCCGAUGAAGGAGAACAUCUAUAAGUGUUAGGAAAGACAAGCAAGUCAGGAAUUGAACUGAGAUAAUAAACAGAUGUUUGAAAUCACUUGCGCCUGAAGAUGCUUUUUUUCUUUUUUUUUUGCCCUUCAUCUUGGUGUUGAUUUCUACAUUUGUUUUCACUCUCAUUUUGAGUGUGAUUCAUAUUUGUUUGUAGGAAGAAUGAUCAGGGGAGUGUUUCAUCAACAUUUUCAUCCGACAAGUUGUCAGAUCUGACAUCUUUCUCUGAUGUUGAUUGGCUGAGAGGUACUGUUACUAUGGUAACUGUCGGAUAAAAUGGGACUUGUCGGAUAAAACGUCCGACAAGUCCUUUCAUGAAACGCCCCCCAGGACUCCUUUGGCUGACCAUUGCUAAUCAUCCCUACAGUGCAAUUCUGAUUUCAAGAAGUUAGCCUUUCAUAGGUAGUCCUCUCAACCCAGGUGUUACAUGGAUACCUGGUAUGAUUUGAAAGCCUAUUUAGUAUGCCUAGCAAUUGAGUCUUGAAACUCUUGUUGGGUUGCUCCCCUGGGAGUGGAGGAAGUGCAUGCAUUGUGUGCGGUAAUGCAAGGGUCUGAACAAAAAGUAAUUCAGAAAUAAAGUUGGUAUUCUGUUAUAAACUGGGUUCCAAAAGAAACUUAUCAAACUUCACAAGCGCACUACACAAAUUCCACUCAGUCAAAAUGAACAAAAUUUUGACUUAGGCUAGCUUCAAUAAUCUUUACUAAGCACAUGUCAAUAAUUAAGAGAUUGCUUUAAUCACAAAGAGGCUGAAGCCCGUCAAAGCAAUUGGUUCCGGAAUCCAAAGACACAAAAUUGCUAAAGAAAGACCAAUGAAAAUGAGAAGGGAUUAAACAAACUUACCAGUUUAUUAAAGUUCACAGAAUGACCAUCAGCAUGUUUCAUUGAUUGCCUCAAUAACUUAGAAGUUACAGGAAGUUAAAAUUAAAAUUUUAAACACACCUAUUGAGGUCAAAGAAGCAUAAUGCAUGAAUGCACUCAAUAGGAGUCAAGCAAAUAAUGACCAUGUAGUUUAAUACCAUCUCAUUUUCAUUGGUCUUUCUUUUGCCAUUUUGUGACUUUUGGAUUCUGGAACCAAUCGAUUUGAGGGGAGACAGUCUCUUUGUGAUAAAACAAAUCUCUUAAUUAUUGACAUGUGCUUAGUCAAAAUUUUGCUUAUUUUGACUGAGUGGAAUUUGUGUAGUGCACUUGAAGUUUGAAAAGUUUCAUUUGGAACCCAGUUUAGAUGACAUAUUUACUCUUUACCUACUGAUAUCUAAGUUUUUCAUUUUUUAAAAGUUCAUUAAAUGUUAUUGUGCUACAGUUAUAUUAAAAUACAGUAAUUACAAACAAAUUAUGUCUCUCUGUGAGGAAUUCAGUCAUCGAUCAAGUGUAGAGUUUGUAAUACCUAGUUUGGGACUGAGUUAUGGACUUAAGAGAUAAAUGACAGUAUUUAUUGAUAAUCAUUGUAAAGGGAAAGUUCACCCUGACAAUAAGUUGGUUAAAUAAAGAACAAAAAAAUAUAGCAAUAUAUUGGUGAAGGUUUGAUAAAAGUCCAUCAAAGUAAGUUUUUUAUUUAAUUUUUAAAGUUUUUGAUUUGUGAAGUCUAUGCGAGCAACCUUUCUCAUAAUGUCAUGUAAUGUAAAUUCUCUAAAUUUCAAUUAUUGAAUGGCUCAUGAUGAAUUUAAAAAAAAAUCCUAUAAAACGGGUAUGGAAUGAUGUGUCUGAUAAGAUAUCCCCAGCACAAAUAAAAUCACUGAUAUUUUUGGGACAAUUGCAUUUUGGAGAAUUAUAUUACAUGACGUGAAGGAACUGCUUGCCUCUGACAACCAAAAAUCUAAAUUUUAUAAGUCCAUAAUUCCGCAAUAUUGAAAUGGAUAUUCAUCAAACCUUCACCAAUAUUUUGUUUUUGUUUUAGUUAAAACCAAUUUAUUAUCAGGGUGAACUUCCCCUUUAUGGUAGGUAUAAACGUUAUCAUUGAUAUCACCAUCAUCAUCAUGGUCAUGAUCAUUUUCAUUAUUUGUAAGAAUCCCUAGCAAGCAAAAAAGACACAGACUGUCAAUAUUAAUAGUUCUUUAAGUCUUUGAAGGUUUUAACUACAUCUGAAAUAAAGAGUUGAUUAUCUCUA